AUGGCUAACACGUCUAAGUUCCUGAUGGCGGCGGGAGCAGCGGGGGCAGCAGUAGGGCGGUCAGGAGCCGUCCCGGCGCUUCUCUCGCGCGUCUUCCACGCUGCCGUCACCAGCAGAUCGCUCGCACCCAUCGCGAUCGCCACUGCGAAUAUCGCCAUUUCCGCGUCCGUCUCUGCGCCUACCUCGGGCCCUACGUGUGCUCCCGUCGCCUCAAACAAUUCGAUCUCCUCGAAUGGUGAACCUGCUGGAGCUGCAAACACGGCACUCGACUCUUCGUCGUCCUCUUCCUCACUGCUCUCAUUCCAAUCCUCUCCGUCAUCUUCCACUCCCUCGCCCUCUGGUGGCUGCGACUACUCAACCGAGCCCUUCCAAACGAUGCCCUUCCCGUCGUGGGAAUCGUCGCACACGUCGCAUGGAAGUCGCAGGACGCAGUCCGGCGACGGAUCGAGUGACAACGGAGUGGAGCACCGCGCGCUGCUCGUCGACGCUGCGGGAACCCUUGUAGAACCUAGCGAGCCAGUCACUAAGGUGUACGCGGAUCUGGGGCGCAAAUACGGAGUGAAAUACUCGGAGGAUGAAAUACUGCAGCGGUACCGCCACGCGUAUAUCCAGCCAUGGCGCAAGUCGAUUCUGAGAUACGAGGACGACGCGCGGCCGUUUUGGCAAUACGUGGUUUCGGAGUCAACAGGCUGCAACCACCCGGAUUACCUGGAGGAGUUGUACCAGUACUACACGACCAAGGAGGCGUGGCGUCUCACGGACCCGCAUGCCAAGGAGGCGUUCACCGCCAUUCGCGACGCGGGAGUGAAGAUAGCCGUUGUGUCCAACUUUGACACGCGCCUGCGCACUGUGCUCAAGGAGCUUGAAUGCCACGACUGGUUCGACGCCAUUGCUGUCUCCGCUGAGAUUCAAGCAGAGAAGCCCAACCCAGUGAUAUUCCACUCAGCAUGUGACCUGGUGGGUGUAGAUCCACACCAUGCGGUGCAUGUGGGAGAUGACAGGAGGAACGACCUCUGGGGAGCUAGGGACGCAGGUUGCUCCGCAUGGCUAUGGCAGGACGACGUGCAUUCCUUCCAUGACGUGGCUCGCAAGCUCGGAGUGCUUUUCCCUGGAGAGGAGGAGAGCCCCGAAGCAAAUAAGAGGAGGAUGCGAAGGCCGCCUCGAUGGGCUGAAAGGCCCAUGAUUGCAGCCAAUGGCCUUCAGUUUCUGCGCCACUAA